AUUCAAGAGAGUAAUGAGGUGACGAUCUUGUUGAGCAAAUCUCGUCGAUCUUAUCUGUGUGAUCGUAGAUGGUUGACCUCAAAGCUUUCUAAGAUAUCAGAGGAAUUCCCGACAUAGGAAAUUGAUUUUGGGAAUUUCUUUCGUCAAGCAUGUUGAGUCAGAUUCGACAGAAGAAGAAAAAAGAAGCUGUCCGUAGGCUUUCACAGGGCUCUGGAGCUGCUGGUUAUCCUCACGAUCAUGGCUCUGCGUUAUCAUCACAAGCUCCUAGGCAGCCGCCUCAGUGGAGAAAACGUCCAGAACAACAAAAGACAAAAAAGCAGCAUCCAGGUGCAGCAGGUCAAAGACCAGCUAGGAGAAGCUAUGUUAGUCCACUUGACCGCAAUCCUGUCACAAAAAGCGACUCUGAAGCAAAGCAGAUCAAACAUACCGAAACAGUGAAAUUUGGUUUUGGUGCUACACCUGGUUCAUUUGCGACUACAGCAUCUCAGUCUACAAUUGAUAAACCUGAAAUUUCUGCAGCAUCCUCAGCCAAACCAUUUUUUAGCGCUGGAUUUCCUACAUCAGCUUCAUGUUUUCAACAAAAUGCAGCAGAAGCUAUUACCUCUAUCACAUCUACCACUGGUAGCGGUUUGGCAACAGGAUUUGGCAUCAGUCAAACUAAUGCAAACGCUUUUGCAGCCUCACCAAGUUCAUCUGGUGAUGUUUGUGCAGUUGGCACUUUACCAGCACCAUCAUUUUUUGCACAAUCACAAACUUCAAACCCUUUCUUCAGCUCAGGCUUUCAAAUGAACAGUUCAUUGACUUUGGAUUCAUCCACAUCAAAUGCCAGCUUGGGUGUACUUUCCAACCCUGUUUCGGCUGUCAAGGGGCAAUCAUCUGGUAACUUGUCAUUCUGUGGUUUUAGAAAUGUGGUACCUUCUCCUUUUACAAAAGUCUCAUCAAGUAAUGUUUUCGGUGCUAAAACUGAAAGUGAAACAGUGAAAAGCAGUGUUUCAACUUCUUUGACUUUUGGAAAAUCAGCCACACCAUCACUCCAGGUUAAAUCCACUGCAGACUCAAAACCUCUAUUUGCAGGAACAUCACAGUCCACUUCAAAUACAUUUGGUGUUGCUAAGACAGUUAAACCACAGACAAGAAUUUUUGGACAUUCUUUAACAGCAGUGAAAGGACAACAGCUAGCAAAGGAAAACAAAGAGCAAGUUGCAGAAGAUAAAUUGCAAAAUGUGGAUAUUUCCAAUCUGACAACAUUGGUUAUCAAGGGCAUUCCUGAAUCUUACAACAAGAAUGCAGUGUUGAAGAGAUUCUAUUCACCAUUUGGAGAGGUUUCAAAGGUGCGGUGCAACAUAGUCAAAAGGAGUGCAACUGUGACAUUUAAAACUCAUGAAUCAGCAGAGUUGGCAAAGAAAAGAGGCAGAAUUCUGAGGUCUGGUCUACUGCCUGUGAUAAUUUUUUGGAAGCUGCAACGAAGUCGCAGAAGGACAACAUCAGAGAGUGAGCAGCAAACCCCACAGAGUCCAGAUGUUUACAUGUCACCUGACAAAAGAUAUUCCAGUUCGGAGAAAAUUAAGAAGAUUCUUACUCAGACUGCACCUUCAGAAAAACAAACUCAACAAAGAAUCAAGACAUUAGAAGUUCUGAGGGACAUUGAAGAAUAUUUGAAGUCAAUUCCAGAAAGUGAGAGUGCAGGAGAAAAGCUUCAAGUUUUAGAGGAAAUUGACAGAAAACUAAGAGUAGUGUUCAAAAGGUCAUCUGACAUAAGUUCUGCUAAAGCUGUGGUUGGAACUUGCAAGGACAUGUGUCCUGAGAAGGAAAGGUACAUGAGAGAACAUCAAAGAAGACUUAGGGUGUUUGAGGCUGUGUCUGGAACAGGCAGCUUUGAUGAAAAUCCUCAAGUCGAUCACACUUGUGCUGUUAAGGAAUAUGACAGAUCUGCUGCUGAUAAGGAAGAACCAUUACCUCAUGAGCUCCGCCCUGUACCAGUCCUUAGAAUGACCAUGGAUUACUUGGCCACAAACAUCAUGAAUCUGUGCGAAGGAAGGGAAGGAGAAUGGUUUGAUUUUCUCUGGAACAGAACGAGGGGAAUCAGGAAGGAUAUUACCCAACAGCACUUGUGUGACCCUGAUUGCGUCGAUCUUGUCGAGAAAACAGCCAGGUUUCAUAUAUUUUGCGCACACUUUCUGUGUGAGGCAGACAUGAAUUCCUUUGAUGCAAAAAUCAAUACUGAGAAUUUGACCAAAUGCCUGCAAACUUUGAAACAGUUUUACGGAGAUCUCCUCAUAGACAAGGGAGUUACAUGCCCGCAAGAAGCGGAGUUUAGAGCUUAUGACAUUUUGCUGAAUUUGAAUGAGGGAGACAUUCUUGGGAAGGUGAUGACAUUCCGAAGUGAGGUUCAACAGUCACCUGAAGUGAGAUUUGCUAUGGCCGUUUACCAUGCUCUGAAUAACAACAACUUUGUCAGAUUCUUUCGUCUUCUCAGAAAUGCAAAUUAUCUCAGCGCUUGCCUACUGCACCGAUACUUCACACAGGUUCGCAGCAAAGCUGUUCAGACGUUAAACCACUCACUGAGUGUCCGAAACAGAAUCACAUUUUUCCAGUUCAAAGAACUUGUAGACAUUUUGGCAUUUGAGAAUGAGUCUGAGGCUUCCCAGUUUUGCACCUUCCACGGUCUGAGAGUGACAGAGAGUUCCGUGAUCUUUGCUCGACCUUCAUUCCUUGAACCGAAGUCCAGGCUCCCCGCAAAGAGAGCCUGGAAGCUAAUCGAAUCCAAACGAAGCUGCUCCAUCGGUGAGGUGGUUUACAACGGACCACUUCCAACCGCCCCACAGCAUCAACCAGACCUCAGCUUCAGUGCAGACGGCCACUACAUCGCUGACCCGACGGAGCUGCUUUCUGGCCACCUCCAUGACAGUGCACUCCCGUCACAGGCAGAUGUUCAGAACCAACCUAAGCCCACAUGUAAUGCCACGGAAUCUUCACAACUUGUUCGCUUGCUGGUAUCAGACAGCACCUCUGGCAGACAAGUGUCGAUGGGGUCUUCCGGUGAACUAUCGGUGCAGCUGGGUGUUGACACUGGUCAGGGGCCAUCAGCGCAAAUACAGGUGGCUUACAACGGACCACUUCCAACCGCCCCGCAGCAUCAACCAGACCUCAGCUUCAGUGCAGACGGCCACUACAUCGCUGACCCGACGGAGCUGCUUUCUGGCCACCUCCAUGACAGUGCUCUCCAAUCACAGGCAGAUGUUCAGAACCAACCUAAGCCCACAUGUAAUGCCACGGAAUCUUCACAACCUGUUCGCUUGCUGGUAUCAGACAGCACCUCUGGCAGACAAGUGUCGAUGGGGUCUUCCGGCGCACUAUCGGUGCAGCUGGGUGUUGACACUGGUCAGGGGCCAUCAGCGCAAAUACAGGUGGUUUACAACGGACAACUUCCAACCGCCCCGCAGCAUCAACCAGACCUCAGCUUCAGUGAAGACGGCUACUACAUCGCUGACCCGACGGAGCUGCUUUCUGGCCACCUCCAUGACAGUGCUCUCCCAUCACUGGCAGAUGUUCCGAACCAACCUAAGCCCACAUGUAAUGCCACGGAAUCUUCACAACUUGUUCGCUUGCUGGUAUCAGACAGCACCUCUGGCAGACAGGUGUCGAUGGGGCCUUCCGGCGAACUAUCGGUGCAACUGGGUGUUGACACUGGUCAGGGGCCAUCAGCGCAAAUACAGCCCACUCAGAUUGAACCCGCUAAAGCUGCAGUGUCUUACUCUGGAGAGGUACAUGUUGACCUUCGAUUGUCCACGGAGAUUACAAAUACGCUUCACGAAGAGACGAUAUCAAAGUUCAUAAGAGAGACAGCAGAUUCAGUGUCAACUGAGGAACUCGAUCGAAAAAGAAUUGUUGAGGAAAACGCGGUCAUCCGAGAGCGAGUACUACGUAACAUCAACAAUGACUUCACAGAGGAGUUCAUCUCCCUUGAAUGUACAAGGAUUGUGGAGGAAGUUAUACGAGAAGUGCGGUUGGAGCUUCUGAAGUUGGCCAGAGAAAGAGUAUCAAAAGAGAUUUGCCAGUCAUUGAUCGAGGAAAAAAUAUCGAAUGAAUUAGAAGAAAUUGCUGAGGAGGUCUUCCAGGAGGCAAAGGCAGAGAGAGACGCUAAGUUGCAGUUAUUGGCCGGCUAUGUCAAAAGAAGCAGAACUGCAAAAUAUUUCAAAAGGUGGUUCAAAGCAUUCCGCGCCAGUGUGCAUCUAAAGGAACUUUUAGGCUCGUUUCCUCCUGGACCUCCCAUGCUCAACAUCGACAAUCAACUUCAGCACCUUGUGGGACACAGGAAACGGGACAUCGCCAUGGCCGUCCUACGAAGUGAUGCUCAUGAAAGGGAAAUCCACGAUGCAAUCAAAAAAAGACAAACAGAUGUGGAGUACAGCAGGUAUUUACAAUGGUUUCCGCGUGCCUCACNCGUCUGUUAUAUAAUCAAGGAAAAGUUUAAAAGAGGAUUGUAUCCGGUCAGUGACAACAUUCCUCAGGGACUUAAGAGAAAAAUUGAUUUGUUAGCACUCUAUGGUGCGGAAGUCCGUGGAAUUCCUUUACAGAAAAGAUUACUUAAAAUUUGCACUAAGGCCUGCUAUGGUGUUUUAACGAGCACAGAAGUAAGAGAAGCUAUAGAUACGCGGCAGUUUUUGGGAUCUUGCGCGGUCAUCUUCGUUGUUGACGGAAAAGAACUUAUGCGCAAUCCAGAGGCCCCCAGACAAGCUCACAUUCGGUUGAGACGUGUACUUGAAAGCAAGCCCCCUGAACCGAGACUGCCAGUCGCUGUGAUAGCAAUAGACAACGACGAGCAUUCCUCAACCGAAGGAGAUGUGUUAUCCCUUCUCGGUGUACAGCAGCUAAGAACAGACGGUCUACUAUCAGAGUGCAAACUCUCCACAGUCAGCUCGCUCCCAGGCCACCGGGAUGAUCUGUCACCAAAGCUUUGCUCAGCAGUGAGUUGGUUAGGAAGUCACAUGGCUCGAUGUAGUCUUCCAAGAGCGGACAACAUAGUAAACUUCAUUGAAAAUGGUCUUCAGCGAUUCUUCACGACGCCACUGGCCGAGGAUGUGUUUGUCAGAAGAGAAGCCAAAUUAGAACAACAGUGCCCGGAAGCUAUCGUUGAGCUAUACAACAGUGCGUUGGAACAUUUAGGAGCCGUUGCUUCAUUGAGGAGUUUACAAAAUAUGUCUUGGCCGAUAAAAGAAUUUAGCGAUAAAGAAAACAGAAAGCAUGCAGCUGUACCAGAUGUCACAUGGAACAGUUACGAGAACUUACAAAGAAUGAAUACCCUUAUUAUUUCAUUAAAACUGCCUCCACCUCCACCAGCGGCUGUUGAUGGCACAUGGGAGUCUGAAAGAAGUUUGUGUCUGGAAUACGCUCGAAGUUUGUCACCAAACACCGCCAGCCUGUUAAGCAGGGUCAAGUGGAUUCUCGCACGCACCCAGCGAGCAUUGAACGGUAUCGACUUACCGUUGGCCAGUCCUUGGUUAUCUGCAUCUCAAGUUCCCUGGCCACUCGUGCUGGACGCAUGCGUAAACUUUCGCUUCACCCUACUACAUUCGGACCCAGGCGUAGAAGAGCAGGACGUGUAUUUCUUACCUGAGGAGUUGGACGCGUUUUAUCCACCGUCUCUCUGGACGCAGUCGGUGAACUUAUCAAAGGAGGAAGCGGCAAAGGCGAAGAGUGAAAGCAGUCUGGAGUCGUCUAAACCAAGCAAGACCAGAGAUACAGUGUUACACGAGUCAUUUAUGGAUAUGGAACAGCAGUUUCACGAGAUAAUAGGUUCCUUUCCUCUCGCAAUACCAUCAGUGCAGUCUACGCCUCCGGUCACGUCAUCCUGUAUCUCGGUUCCAUCGGUCACACCACUAUUAGUAACGCCAGCUCUUGUCGCGCCAAUUCCACCUGCGUCUUCCGUAGUUAUCGAAUCUCCGAGUUUGUCUUCCCAGUCUGAAAUAAAGAUAACGAGCGAACAGUUGAAGUCUGCUGUGGACCAAGCUAAGACGGAGUGUAAACGAUUUGAAGAAUUACUGAAAAACGCUCUUAGUGACGGUGAAAGUCCUCGGGGACUGGGAGAGAGCUCGUGGAGGAAAAGAAAAGCGCAGAGCCUGGGAGAAAGCAAGAAGUCGCCAAAGUUUCCCGAAGGGAUAAGUCUGCCGGAUGUUCAUGUAUCUUUCGGUUCCCUGGAAGAAAGCCUGCGCCACUUUAAUGAAACGCUCAAGUCACUAAGACGUUCCGACAAGUUCACAGAGAGAAGGUUGAGGGAAUGUCUGGACUCGUAGCUAAAAGCGGACCCAUGUUCCAAGCUUACAUCGAUUUCAGGAGGAAGAAUAUUAAUUUUACCCAUCCGGUCAAGCUUGAUCUGAUCUGUACGUCUCAGCUCAAGGAAAGAAGACCGUGAGGCACUGGGAGAGACAUUCCCAAGCAACAGAUCGAGGACUAAUUUCAAUAUUUACACAGACGCGAGUAGGGCCGAAAUAACAGCGCACUUGGUUGAAUUCACGAUCAUGUUCGAUUGCCGCCUUUUAGUUUUCUUUCUCUUCGCGCUUGGUUGACCCAGCUGCUGAUUUAUUCCAGGAGGUGUUUACCAUACUGCUUAUUGAGGCAUAUCUAGAUCCCCUAAACAAAGAAACCACCUGAGUAUGCCUUAAAAAAUUCUCUUAAAAUCGCGAACUGCAUAAAACGCCCUUUUGCACAAAAAGUGCAAUAGUUGUUGAACGCACGCAUUUACUAACAUCUCGGCGUAAAUAAUCCAUCGAUGCUUCGGCGUCUUGUACAGGACGGUUCUAAUUAGCUUCGCAGUCAAUAAUGCUCUUUAUCCACGUUCAAUAGGAUGCGAUUACUCACUUUAAAUGGUAUCUGCCCAAUUGUGCGUAAACAGAUUACCUAAGGCCCGUAAGCCGCACACAAGCAAACAUAGCGCGAGACAUAAUUAUGCUUAGUCUCAGCUGACUGUUUUUGGCGCCAAAUGUGAAAUCCCUCAGAAUAUUACUGCUAAUGUAAACCUUCUGGGUAGCAUAAUAGGUCAUAAUUUUAGCGCUUACUGAAACAAGUUCAAGACUGGAAAGCUAAAUGUAUACCUUCGAGCUUUCAGAUUAAGUAUUAUUAAAUUUUAACAAAUGACUUUCAUAGAA